UUUUUUAGGUUAUGUUUGCUCGUGUAAAGACGAGAAAUAUCACCAUGAAAUGUGUGAAUAAAGUUCCAUGAAUCUUGCCCUUUAAUUACUGAUUAGCAAAUUAUUUUAUAACACUCACAGUUUCAAGAUGUUAACAUAAUCCUCCCCAGUUGCUUUGCAUAGACAUCUUUCAACCCUGGCUGUUAUUCUCAACAUGCGCAGCAUUUCAUGUUCACUGGCCAGUGAUGAGUUUUCUACCAAAAAAUCUCCUGCAUUUUGUGAUAAUCCUCCAUUCAGUAUUUCUUAGUCUCGUAAGCUGCGAAGAAUCGAUUUUAUGCUACUGUGAGCCACCGGAUUACUGCCCUGAUGGAACAGGUACAUGUGUCCUCUCCCCUGGGUCUCAGUGCUUCAGUUCGAUUGAAGAGGAUGCUGAUGGAGAGGAACCUUUCCGUACUUAUGGCUGCCUGCCCCCUGAAGAAUCCUCAGAUAUGCAGUGUAAAGGAAAUCUUUCUCCGCAUGUCGUGAGAAAGUCAAUCGACUGUUGCAACUUCACUGACCUAUGCAAUAAAAACCUACAUCCAGCUUUAAGGCUCAAACCAGAAUCACCAUCGAUCACCUCAUGGGAAGAUAGCCUUCUGCUCUUGGCUUUAGCUGCAUCUGUCACCUGUGGUCUAUUAAUUUUCAUCUCUCUCUCCGUCUACUGCCAUAAAAGGUUGAAAAGAAGAGAAAAUGUGAAACAAUUGCAGUAUCUUAGCCACCCAAUGCUCCUACCACCUGCUACUCUGAGCGAUCUUUUGGAACAAAGCUCUGGUUCAGGAUCAGGCCUUCCGUUGUUUGUUCAAAGAACGAUCGCUAAACAAAUCGAGCCAUUGAAAGUAAUUGGCAAAGGUCGUCACGGCGAAGUCUGGUUAGCUAACUGGCGGGAUGACAAAGUUGCCGUCAAAAUAUUCUCCACAACAGAAGAAAAGAGUUGGUUCAGAGAAACAGAAAUCUAUCAAACUGUUUUGAUGCGCCACAACAAUAUUCUUGGUUUUGUUGCUGCAGACAUCAAAGGGACCGGCUCUUGGACGCAAAUGUUACUAAUCACUGAGUAUCAUGAAAAUGGUUCUCUAUACGACUAUCUCCAGUCAAAUGAAUUGGAUGUGGAGUCACUUCUCUCUUUAAUUUGCUCAAUCGCUGCCGGUAUAGCUCACCUUCAUACAGAGAUUUUCGGCACUCAAGGGAAACCUGCUAUCGCUCAUAGAGAUAUCAAGUCCAAAAACAUUCUGGUCAAAAGAAAUAAUGAAUGUGUGAUUGCAGAUUUUGGCCUUGCUGUUAGAUACAAUAGUGAAAUAAAUGGUCUUGACAUUGUCCGUGACAAUGUUAGAGUGGGAACUAAGAGAUACAUGCCACCGGAAGUUUUAGAUGGAACCAUAGAUGCUCUUCUCGAUGAGAGUGCAGAUGCGCGAGUGUUCGAAGCUCUGAAAAUGGCAGAUAUCUACUCCCUCAGCUUAGUAAUUUGGGAACUAUGCAGGAGGUGUAAUGGAGGGAAAGAUUGCGUUAAAGUUGAAGAAUACAAAGUGCCUUAUCAUGACGUCGUCCCUAGUGAUCCUAGCUUUGACGAUAUGUACAAUGUUGUUGUAAAGGAUAACAUCCGACCGAAAGUGCCUGAAAAAUGGCACGAAAGCACGGUGCUGGAUACCAUUUCAAAGAUAAUGCAAGAGUGUUGGCAUCCGAAUCCAAGUGUGAGACCAACGGCUCUUCGAGUGAAAAAAUCAUUGAUGAAUUUGAGAGAUGCUGUCGAGAGAUCGAUUUCAGAUUUUAUAGAACAGUGAAUUUUCCUUUUUUUCUCCGAAUGAUUUAGCCUGCUGCAGUUAUAUUCUAUGGGUUUUACCAUUCUAUUGAUCCGCUGUCUCAGAUCUACAUUUUUUAAAUCGGUUUAAAAGGGAUCUCUUCACUUUUUUAAAAAUUUAAUAAUUAUUCUAUUUAAUUUGUUUCAUACCUGUACACACCUUUAAUCAUCAACUUCCUAGAUAGUGAUAAUGCGAAGAAAUAUAUCAAUCGCAGUAAUUGGUAGUGAAUCGGUUAAUAGACAGCAAGUAAUGAUUAUGCAAAACAUAUUAAUUUUAAUUGAAAAUCACAAUGAUUUUUUUAAUUCCAAACUGAUUUCUUACAGUGCCUGGUAGUUCUCAAUCUGAGCUCUUUUGUCUUGCAUUGUACGAAGGAUGUGUUUGUUGAUACAGGAUGGUUUUUUAAUAUUUCAGAAUCAAAAGCUGGCAGUUAUGUAAUUGUAACUGUAACUUUCGAUAAAUAAGGUCAGAUUUUUUUUCACUCUUUGUCACCUAGUCACAAGCUUUUGCAAGAUUGUGCAGAAAAAGAACAAAAAAACAUUAGAAUGUUGUUAGGAACAAGUUCUAAUGCUAUCAGAGAGCUUCCAUGAUGUAUCUUUCACCAGUUGUUAUGUAGCCUAAUUUAUGACAACACCAAGUAAUUUUUUUUUUCUUUUGAUACUUGAAUGUGUUCAAACUUUUUAUAGAGAUUUUGUGGAAGUGUGCUGGAGUAAGUUCAUUUUUGACCUGGUUUGGAUAGAAUGCUGGGGUUUUUUUUUGGGGAGGUGGGGAGUAGCAUUUUAUGCUGGAAGAUUGACAAGUCAUUUUGUGCCUUACAUUAUCUAAUAAGUUUUUGCUGAAAUAAAUCAAGGCGGAUAAAGAAUGGUGGUCGCAUUUCGAUUUUGGCCGCCAUCUUGAAGCACUGUGACGUCAGGAGGGUACGGCCUUUGCCAUGCAAUUCGAGGUUGAGCCGACUCCCCCGGCCUCGGCCGGCCCAUGUACCCGAUGUACCCGAUACCGUGUGACGUCCAGAGGGUACGAAAUGCGACCACCAUUCUUUAUCCGCCUUGGAAAUAAAUGACCUCUUAGGCAGAGAUGCCUAACAUGCUCAUUGCCAGAAUAGCCAAAAUUGUAAUCAGGAUGUCUGCAUUGAUGGAAAAUCUGUUAAGAAAAUGUUAGGAAACUUCUUGAAAAAGAUUGUUAUUUGUCCUUUUGCUGGAUUUUUCUGUAACUUUUAAAUUUGCAUAACUGCUGGAAUGAAUUCCUGCCUUCUUUUUUUUCCUUAAAAAAGACAUUUUGUAAGAAGUUGUUAAAGACAUAUCAUGUGAGAAUGGGAAAAAAAUCAGAAGUGGAUUUUAUGAAAAAUUAAAUAACUUCACUAGAUAUUGAAAAUUGACUUGCCAUAAAAAUUUUCUCCCAUAUAUUUUGGGAAAAUUCUGCCAACCGUUUUCAGUAAGUACAGGAAGCUACUCCAGAAAAUGUGAUUCAUUCUCACAAGUUAUGAGUGCUUCAAAUAGCCCUAAAAUAUGCACAUCAGUCCCUUUCUGUUUGGAAAUCGUUUCCUGUUUGUGAUUUAUCUUCCACUCCUGGUUGAUAUUUUGUUCACUUAGACCUUUGCUUUGUACCUGCUCGUAUUUUUAUAAAUCAAUUAAAUCGUAUUAAUUAAAAUUUUCAAAUCAUCAUUUAA